GCGCCGCCCGCCGCCGAGCUCGGCGGCGCCCUCGCCGUCUGUCACUUGCGGCUGCUGCUCGUGCGGGAGACAGCGGCUCCCUGCCCGUCCUGCCCCCCGUUGCCGGGCUGCCCUUCGCCAGAGCCGGCGAAGUGCCCCGAGCCGCCCGCCUGCCUGGACCUCGGCGUCGUGGUUCAGGGCCCCGCUGACGGCGAACGAGGUGCUGGCGAGGGCCGAGACGAGGCGCUGAAGUACCGGGCCAGGCGUCGGCUGCCGGAGCGCCUUGGCGGGCGGCUGGGCGAGGAGCCGACCGCCUUCCUGGACUGGCGCGGGCGCGAGCUGGUCGACGAGGACAGCGUGCUGAGUCGGGUGCGACGGCAGCUGACCAACCAGGGGGCGAGCUCCGAGCUGCGGCUGGCCGAGGCGAGCGGCGACGAGCUCGCCACGCGGCCCGCGCUGGGAUGCGCGGCAGACGGCGGCGCCAGGGGGGUUGGCGGCGAGGCAGGCGCUCUGGCGCCUGCAUCGCCGGCUGCGGCCCCUGACGGCCGCGGCGGGCCCGCGCUCGAGGACGGCGUCUACGCGGUGGCGGAGGUGCGGGCCCCCAACGGCAUGCAGCUUGGCGACCCCGUCGUCGGUGGGCAGGCCGAGAGCCUGGGCGGCUGCCGGGCCGCGGUGCUGCUCGACGACGGCGCCCGCGUGCUGCGCGAGAGAGUGGCGACGGACGAUGUGGAGGAGCGGCGCCGGGCGGCGCAUGAGGCAGCGGGCAGGUCCGGCGCUCUGCAGCAGGCCGUGCGCGGCACCGCGGGCCAGGUGGAUGACCUGCGGGCAGGGUUCGCCGCGGCCGACGCCGGGGUCGACAAGAUCGGAGGCACGGCGACGCCCGUGCCGGAGGCAGAGGUCGAGGGCGACGCGCGGACCCCGUGCGUCGAGUGGACGUCCGAGGGGGUCCGGUUCAAGACGCGGCGGAAGGCCGUGGAGGAAAGCACGCAGCUCACCACGGAGCAGCGUGAGCUCCGCGGCGCGUGCACUUGCUUCCAUCUGUGCCGCCGUUUUCUCCAGCACACGGGGGGCCCGAAGAUGUGGUUGCUGUCUUUCUGCAGGGAGCACGGGAUCUCGUCGCAGCAUCGGUCCUACCACGAGCUGACCACGCUGGUGCAGGCGCUAUGGCUGGACGAGACCUACGACGGUCUGAACCUGGGAGGCGCCGCUGGAGUCUGUGGCCAGAGCGCGCGCUACCUGGCGGGGGUCGUGGACCCGUUCGACGUCGCGAGCCCCGAGCUCAGGUCGUUCGCGAACAGGGCAGCCAGGGGCGAGGGGAAGCACUGCUACGCGGACAACCUGGGCGCGCUGGCGGACGACGAGGACUACGCGCGGCAGGGGCUGACGGCGGUGACCGAGACCUUCGGGGACCAGGGGCUGACGGUCCACGAGACGGAGCUUGCCUGCCAGCGCGGCGUUGCGCUCGGCGUGGAGGUGGGCGGGCAGUUGGGCCGCACUCGGCCCACUGUCAAGAGGUUCUGGCGCGUGAGGCACUCCAUCCAGGAGCUGGUGCACCGCGGGGCCUGCUCCAGGCAGGAGCUCGAGGUCCUAGUGGGGCACAUGACGUUCGUGGCCCUGAUUCGGCGGGAGCUGCCGUCCAUCCUGCACGCGACCUACAGGUUCGCGAAGAAGCAGCAUUUCACCAGGGCGCCGCUGUGGGAGAGCGCGAGGCAGGAGCUCCUCGCGUUCAGCGGCGCGAUGGUGUUCUUGGAGGCGAAGUGGGACGACGAGUGGCUGCCGGGCGUCUACCAGACCGACGAGUCGCCGCGGGGGUUCGGCGUGGCCUACUCGCGGCGGCAGAAGGCGGCAGUCGCCGACGGUGGGCGGGCGCCCGAGCGGGCGCGGUUCCGCCCGGGCGCCGAGGCGGCGAGGAGCCACGCCUUUGCUGCCGCCGGGCUCGAGGAGCAGGAGGACGGGAUGGCGCGGGCGACGACCGAGGUACCAGGAGGGGCCAUCCACCUGGAGGCCCGCAGCCAGCGCGGGCACGAUGCGCGGGCCCUGUUCGUGGGAGACAACCUGGCGCUGACCCUGGCGCUGGGCGGGCCCCGAUCCAGGGACUUCAAGCUGCUGACCCUCGUUAGGUGCAAGAUCGGGGAGUCUCUGGGCGAGUAUCUCGACAAGGAGAGCGAGCAGAUGAUGAACAACGAGGGCGAGAGACUCGAGUGGAGCGAGAGCAAGAAGCAGCAGCUGGAGGCGCCGGCGCUGGAGCCGACCGUCUCGCUGGAGAUCGUGGGCAGGCAGGGCCCGCCGCCAGCAGGCGCCGCCUUGACCGUCGAGAACGGCGACAGCGACUCCGCCUCCGAGGAGGCGCCAGCUGGGGCGGACCGCUGGAGCGAGCUGCUGGCCCGACAGCGAGCGCUGCGGCGCGAGGCUCGGAUGGCCGAUGGGACCGUGACGAGGCUCCCUGGGCAGAGCAACCUGGAGGCCGCCAGCGUGUCCGAGGCCAGUCGAGUCCGAUAUCGAGACUGCGCGCGAGAGCUCCUGGCCGUCGCCGACCAAGAGAACAUGGCGUUAUGCGAGGACGACGAGGUGGGCGAGUGUCUCGUGUCGUGGAUGAACAUGCGGUACCAGCUCGGGGACAGGGCGCGGCGGGGCGAGCACAUGGCGGCCGCCCUGAUGCACGCCGCCCCGAGCUUCGCGAGAGGAGGGGGCCGGCACCUGCCGCGGACCCUCCAGUGCCUGAAGGGAUGGAGGAACCUGUGCCCGAAGCACAGCCGCCGGCCGCUCCCGUGGGCCGUUUGGGCCGCCCUGGCGCUGGAGCUGCUGGGGAGCGGGCAGGGGCGGGCCGGCUUCAGGGUGCUGCUGAUGGUAGACGCAUACCUGAGGCCGUCGGAGCUGCUGAGUCUCCGACGCGGGUCCCUGGCGCCGCCGGCACACGGAGGGCUCCGAGAGUGGAGCCUGCACCUAUUCCCCCAGGAGGAGGCCAAGCGCAGCAAGGUCGGGGGCGCCGACGACACCGUGGUGAUGAACUCCGAGCGGAUGCGGGGGGCCGACCAAGUCUGGCGUACUUGGCCUCAGGUGGUGCCGUACCAGGCUCGGCACAGCGGCAUCAGCCUCGACAGGGCGUUCCACCUGAGGAAGCUGAAUCCAGACGUGCAGGCACACGCCCUCGUCUGCGAGGAGUGCCUGGUCGACGUGUACAUGCGCGCCUGGCUCAGCCAUUGGGUGGCGCCGCAGCCUCUGCACUGCCACUGCACGGGCUCGGCUGCGGAGCCUGGCCUCAUCGAGCUGCUGCAGUCGCAGCUCAACCGGUGCGGGCCCUCGGACCUCGCGCCCGUCUGCGCGCCCUGCCCCGUCUGUCCAGCGCCGGGUUGGGGGAGGGGCGACGUGCUGCUCGCCGGCCUGGUGGGGUUGAUCGUCGGCGCGGUGUUUACCACUUGCUGGGCAGGCGUGGGCCUGCCGGUGCGUCGGCUGGCUGCUCCGACCUGGACGGCGCACGGCAAGGGCAUCAUCGAGACGCCCAGGCCCAUCGUCACGCAGAUUGCGGACUCGGCUCCUCCAGGGCCUCUGAAGGGCAAGGGCAAGCUCGGGGUGAUCGUGCAGCGCAUCAUCCUGUGCUGGGUGUCUGCGAGCGAGUAUGCGGUGGUCUCUCCAGACCUGGAGAUUUUCAUUGAACAGAUCGACGCAGCCAAUGUCGAUUUGCAAGGGCUACGGCUGGGCAGUACCGACGGGCGGCUUCCUUUCGGUAUGGCUGGCAUGCAGGUCUAUUGGUUCCAGGUGCGCCCAGCCGGCGUGGACUUGACGCAGCUCCUGGCCGAGGGCGAGCGCCACGCGCAGGUCGAGAGGGCCUCGCGAGGGCUGGCCGCGCCGCCUGGAGCCAUUGCCCGCGCUGGCCCGGGGCCUGCUGGGGCGUGGGUGCUGGACGAGACCGUGGACACCUUCGUGCUGGGGCAGGAGGUGCCGCUGCCGCCGACAGCGCUGGACGUCGGGGGCCGUGCCUUCGUGACCGUGAGCGGCGAGAUCGUGUCUCUCACAAAGGUCGCGCCUGGCACGGACCUCACCGCCUGGGGCCUGGGCCGCCAGCAGUCGCUGCUGAGGGGCGACCCGCGCCUGCUGCCGCGGCCGUGCACCCCGACGCCCGUGGCCUUCACCGCCGACGCGUCCCUGGUCGUGCGCGACCUCAGCGCGCCCUUGCGCACCAAGAGCCCCGGGGCGUUACAGGACUCGGUGAACGAGAUGUACUUGCGCCCCCUCGGCGGCUUCACCGCAGCCCAUGACAGGUGGCUGAUGGAGUCGAAGGUGCCCGCUGGAUCGCGAUCUGGACAUGAGCAUCGUGUCCUGUGUCGCGCCCUCACCUUUGCGAUGGAGUCGGACGGGCUCAACAUCGCGGACCUGUCCUGCUGCGAGUUCCUGAACCGCCGCCGGAUGCUGCUCGAGACCGCUCAUCGCGAUGACCCCGAGCGGCCAGCGUUCGAGGGCUCGCACAUCUACAUGGGCGAGGACGAAGAGGGCACGGGCGCGUCGGCGACGCCCGCCCUUCGGGCACACGUCGCAUCCGAGACGUCGAGGGAGUGUGCGAUCGAGAAGGAGAAGAGGAAGGCGCGCGAGGCCAAGGCAGAGGCGAAGUCGGCGGCGGCCCGGAAGAAGGGCCCGCCGCCGCUUCUGGGACCUCGUAUCGACUAUGGGGGCGAUGGCAGCGCAGUGCAACCUUAUGACGCCGAGCGGCUAUCUCUCCCACCCUCCGGGCGGGACCCGGUGGACAUCGCGAAGGUUUUGGACGUAGAUGUUCGGAAGGUGCUCACCAACUUCGACAACCUCAUCCUCGCGAGCCCGGACGUCGUUUCCGAGCGUAGGGAGCGUGCACCUUCGCGCCCCUACUUCGACGUCACCUUACAGGCUGACAAGAAGGCCUAUGUGGAUUUUCUCUGGCGCCUGAUGGAUCGACGCCUACUUGGAGUGGCGUCGGAGACGCUUAGUCUCGUGACCCCCUUCUUCGUGGCCAAGAAGAACGGGAAACAGAGGCUCGUGCUGGACUGCCGGCUCGCUAACACCCUCUUCGCCCAUGCCCCCACCGUCGAGAUCGGGAGCUCCGAGGCGAUGAAUGCUAUCGAGUUGGAGCCCGGCCAGGAGCUGCACGCCGCCUCGGCCGACAUCGAGGCCUGCUUCUACCAGUGCGGCGGCAUCGGGAUGCUGAGCAACUACUUCUGCCUGCCCUCGGUGUCCGUCGACGUGGCCCUCGAGCUCGGCCUGACCGCGGACGUCCGCGGCCAGUAUUUCGCCGGGCGCGAGAGGGUUCACCCCUGCCUUGUUGUCCUUCCCAUGGGAUGGAGCUGGAGUUUCUGGCUGGCGCAGCGCGUCCACUUGGAGAUGCUGCGCCGUGCAGCGGUCCCAGACGACAGGAUCGCCCUCGGGGCCUGGCCGCUGCCGUCUAUGACUUCAGGUCCCGCGGAGUUGCCCUACUCGGACAACAUCAACGCGCUGGGUGUGGAGGCUGACGAAGUCACCGAGCUAAGAGACCGUGUCGCGGCCCGCUUCUCCGACGAGGGCCUCAGCAUGCACGAGAUCUCAGAUACCUGCGCACAACCAACUAUCCUGGGCGCCGACGUGGGGGGCCACCCGCCCGUAACCAGGCGCGCCGGGCACAAGCUGUGGGUGCUCCGAGCGGCGCACGCCCCGGUGCCGCCGCCCCAGCUGCACGCCCGGCUGGCCAAGGCCCUGGAGCCCAACCGGAGCAGCCCCGCCUCGGCCAUGGCGCUCUCCAGGUGCGAGCUGGCCGCGGCGGCCGACGCGACGCGCGUCGGCUACAGGGCGUACUCCGAUGCUUUUCAGGUGUUCCUCGCCGAGAAGGGGGGAGUGCCUUCGACCAUCGAAGACAUGGAGGUACGGGUGCUGCAGUUCCUCAACCUCAUGCUGGAGGCGGAUUGCACCCGGGCCGACGCGACCAUCCUGGUCGCAGCUGUCAAGGACGCCUACCCGUGGUGCAUAGGCUCUCAGUCGAUGCCGCGCGUGAACAGAGGGCUGCGAGGCUACGCCAAGCGCAGGCCCCCUGCCUCCCGGGCCCCCGUCCCUCGGGAACUUCUCGGAGCUGCCGUGUCCGAGAUGCUGGCGCGGGCGCAGUGGGACUGCGCGCUCCAGGUGGCGUCGACCUUCUCCACCUACAUCCGCCCGGGAGCCCUUCGGAAACUACAAGUACGGCAGCUGUUGGCCCCCAUCGAGGGCCUCUGGGCAGUUGCAAUGAACGCAGGCGCCCCGGGCGAUCCGAGGGGCCCCCACCGAGAGCUCACCAAGACGGGCACCUCGGACGAGACCGUGAUCCUCGACCACCCGGCCUGGUUCGGCGAGCGCCUGGCGGCCCAUGUUCGCGGGAAGGCGCCAACCGACCUGAUCUCCCCCACCCCAGGCGCGUUCGUGGCGGCCCAGUUCGGAGUCGCAGCCAAGAAGUGCGGCCCCCCCCGGGUCUGUCUCUACCAGCUGCGCCACGGCGGAGCGUCGGGCGACAUCCUGUCGGGCAGGCGGGAUCGCAAGACUGUGAAGGCUCGGGGGCACUGGAGGACGGACUCGCCCCUGAACAGGCACGGGAAGCCCGGUGCAGCACACCAACUCCUCAACGCCAUGACCCCGGCCUCCAAGGACUUCGGCAGGCAGAUGUUCGAGCUGAUGGGGUCGCUCUUCCAACGGACCGUCGUCGCAGAGGCGACCCCCAAGUGA